AUGUUAAAAAAAGCACAAAAGGUGCCUUAUAAAGCAAAGAAAGGAGCUGCACAGGACGUUAAAGAAAGCACAAAAAAUGCCAUUUCUGAAUUAGAAGAAGCAAGCCAAGAGGCUGCAUUGGACGUUGAAGAAAGUACAAAAGAUGCCUUGUCGGAAUUAGAAAAAGCAAAGAAAGGGGCUGCACAGGACGUUGAAGAAAGCACAAAAGCUGCCUUAUCUGAAUUAGAAGAAGCAAAGAAAAGAGCUGCACAGGACCUUAACGAAGGUACAAAAGCUGCCUUGUCUGAAUUAGAAGAAGCAGGAAAAGGAGUUGCACAGAACAUUAUAGAAAGCACAAAAGUUGCUUUGUUUGAAUUAGCAGAAGGCGCAGAGACAAGUACUGGGUUAACUCCACAUCUAUCAGCAGUGGAAGAUAUUUAUCGCAGACGAAAAGCAGACCUGAAAGAAGAUUUGAUAGUUUUAUACAGGCAACAAUGCCAUAUCCUGCCUCUAUCACCUUUGGUUGAAGAAGAAGACACGCCUCUACUUGAGUUUUACGUCAUGCCAGAAAUGAAUUCAGUGGAAAAACAGAGGUCGUUUGGAGGUAGCAAUGAAUUUAAAUCAAAGAUCACCUCCCUACGUGAUGUGUUCUACAAGAAAAACAAAACGUGUCGUGAAAUUUACCUUACUGCAGAAGCUGGGUUUGGAAAAACUGCAUUUAGUAAGCGACUCGUUUUGACGUGGUGUCAAGCCAAAAAGCGUAUCGAAAGUGAUCAAACAUUCUUUAAGGAGGAAGAUAUACAGGCAAUGUCAGAGUUUGAAUUUGUGUUCUUGUUGUCAUUACGUGAUUGUUCUGAGGAAUGUGACAUAGAUGAGAUGAUCGUAAAACAAAUUAUUCCACGGCUGGCAAACACUUCUGUAACUUUAAGCGAUAUAGAAACUAUGCUGUCUCAGGGAAAAGGCUUAGUGAUUAUGGACGGUUUGGACGAGUGGAUACACCCACCGUCCACCUGUAAGCUAGGACCAAGUGACAUUCCACACAGGAAAGCUAGGGAAUGUACAAUCCUCACAACAACUAGACCGUGGAAGUUGAGUGUUAUCAGUCUCAGUUCAAGUCAAAUGGAACAAAAGUUGGAACUUGUUGGACUUAACAAAGAGUCAACCUAUGAAUUAAAGAAGAGUGUGAUUUCACUAUUGUGCGACAAACCCCAAACUGUAGACGAACAUAUUAAUAAAUUUGAUUCUGCUAUCGAAAAUAAAGGUAUUUCGGAUUUGGAAACAAGUCCACUUUUACUGAUGUAUCUUCUGUGUUUAUGGUGCGAUGAAAUAGAUCUAGGAAGUUCUAAAUGUGAGUUAUACUGUCAAAUAGUUGAACUGCUCCUGAAACGAACUUUUAAAAAAUAUCCAGUCAUGCAACAGACGCGCGAACCAUCCAAAAGUGAUAUCCUACAGUGUUUCAGUGAACAUGUACAUUGUAAGAAAUAUUACACACUUCUGAAAGCUUUAGGACAAUUAGCAUUUGAAACAUUAUUCAGUGAAAAACGUGAAAGCACGCUGGUAUUUAGUCAAUCGGUCACUGAAAGUUAUUUAAACAAAGAUGAUUUGAAAUUAUGUCUUCUCUCAGGAAUAUUAACACAAAGUAAACAAGAAAAAUUAACCAAACACAGUUCUAAAGUUUCGUUUUCCCACAAAACAGUGCAGGAAUGUUUAUGUGCAAUGCACAUUAGCUGCCAAAAUGAAGAGGAUGUCAAAACAAUCGUGUUACAAAGAUUCAAGAGCGUACAAAAUAUUCUUGAUAUGUCGACAGUGAUUGUUUUCAUAAGCGGAAUGAAUGCAAAAGUCAUGUCCUCAAUAUCGCACGAGUUAAUGUCUGUGAUCAAUGAGGAUCAAAUAACGAGAACAUACAGAUCUAUGACACGUUACGAUUACAAGUACGUAAAUCCUCUGAGAGACAUACAAAACAUGUACAUUUCUUGUUUAAACGAAAACACGGACAAUACUUCCCUUUGUUUCCAGGAUUUUAUCAUCGACUAUGACUAUAAGAAAGAAAAUCAUUUCUUGGAUUUAAAAUUGCUGGCAAAACACAAUAAGAUUAAUAUGCAGUCAGUACUAAUCAGAACAGGUGUUCAUAGUUUACGUGAGCUUAUCGAUAAGUGUGAGCUUGAUGACCUUGUCAACACCAAGAAAAUAUUCUACCUAGGCGAGUGUAAAGAAGCGGAAAUUAUUCGGUUGUUGACAAGCAGAUCGAUGGAAUGUGUAACUGUUAUAUCUGGUACAUGGGAAGGCAAUAACUUUAUAGGCAAAUGUAUUUCUUGUUCAAGUGAACUGUCUAAAACAUUUCAGAAUAUUUCUCAGUUACGAGCAAUUUAUAUCAAUUAUUUCGAGAUGGAGCACGAUGUGCUGAAGGAGUUUUUGAAUUAUAUUAUAAACAGAAAAUCAAUGACGGAGAUUAGAUUGAACAGCUUACACUGUGUCACACACGGUCUUUCCUGCGGAAAAAGUAAUUUGGACUUUUCCCAGCAUUCAGAUCUAAGGGCGUUAGGAUUGGACAGAAUACCUGUGUCACAAUUAAAAGUGAAUGUAUCGUCGUUAGAGGAUUGUCAUGUAGGACGUUUAUCUCAACCCGGUCUGAUGACGUCAUACAUGAAAGGGUUGCCAGCAGCCAGUAAACUACGCACAUUAAGGUGUAGUUAUCUAGAAUCUUCCGGUGACAUUGAAACAAUGCUGCAUACAUUACCAUUGUUAGUUCAAGUGAAACACGUUAGGUUGGUGGAUAUCAACCUAUGUGAAAGGUCACUGUCGCUGUCACCUGAAAUGGUAGAUAUUGAAGAUGUUUACUUGUGGUCAGUAUCAAUGUCCGGUCCAUCAUUACGUAAGCUAGUUAAAGUAGUAGAGAAUCUUCCACAGUCAGUGACAGUACAAAUGUGGGAUUGUCAUAUAACACCGGAAACAGAAUUUGCAGACGUUAAAAAAUAUAUAAAAUCAUCGCAGAAUUUCGUAGUCACGUUUGAUGGAAUCAAUCAGUUCAACAAGUACGGGUUUUGUUUCAAACAACUGAAGAUGAAAGUCGAGUAGAUCUACAUUAAGUUACUCAAUGAACUCGUAUUGAUAACUUUUGUAAAUAGUUUAUCAACAUUAUUCAUUAAAUAUAUAUUUAACAUGAAUACAUUAUACAGUGACAUAUGACAUAAUGGCAUGUAUACAUUUGUACAGAGUUAGAGUGACAGGUGGCGGUGAGGAUUCCAAUGUUAAUGAUGUUGAAGAUAGCAUUGCAGACUUAUCACAGUAAAUGGAAGACACUGUUCUGUGGUCAGAUGAGGAAAUAACUAAUUUACCUGAUCAGUUCAUCAUAGAAUCUGGUAAAUUCUAAGAAUAUCAAUAUGCACUAUUAAUAAAAAUUACAAGCAACAAAAGAAAUGAUAACAAAACAUAAUAUUGCAUUGCCAAAUGUAACAAAGUGCAAGUAUGUUAAAAUAUUAGUCUUACUUUCACAGGUCUCAGAAAUCAUCAAGUAUAAUUAAUAAGAAAACUUUCAACUACAAACUAUAUACUAGAUAACAUGAAAAUUAUCAUACUUCAUAUUUCUUGAUGUCAUUGACAAAGAGACGUUAACACAAAUUAAAAAAAUGUUCGGUCGCAGAAAUGUGAAGAAAAAAACAAGUGAAAGUGUGAAUCAUCUGAGUUACUUUCUAUCGUUUGUCACAGAGGGCCAUGAAACUGUAAAAGACCAAUGAACCUCAACAGCACCUGGCCUCAGCUAAAGAAGUUCAGGAGCUUGCAAAAGACCUUGUUUGUUUCAAAUGGCCCAUCAUACAUUUUUUCUAUAUUUUUUUUAUAAUACAUUUUAUUUUCAUUACAAUACCGGUUUUUAAAACGUCUCAGACAAAAGUGCCAUUACUGUCACAAAAUCCGAGAUAAAAGAUAUUUCAUGUAGAAGAGUAUAUGACUUAGCUAAAGAUCUGUUUCAGGAUACGUAGAAUUGCAAUAAUUACACAGCGGAAAUGUAGAGACAGCAAAAUGGAAAAAAGAACAAUAUUAUCUUUUUAAACAUGUUUAGCAAAACCUAGUUAACUCUAUCGACGUAUUUAAUUAGACGCUGGAAACUGUGUCUGUUAAACAAUUUUUGAUAAGCAUAAUGCUGACGUUCUUAUUGCUAUCAAAAUAUAAGUUUUAAGGAACAAAAAAUUGAUAGCAAAAACGUUUUAAAACGCCAUUAUGUAUAAUAAAUUACAGGUAUAAAAUAAUUUUCAGGAGAGACUUAUCUAAUCAUUCAUCAUAGAGACUUACCCUAAACCGUCUCUACACAAGGAAAUAUCCUAUUUAUAAGUGAAUUGUUGAGAUAACACCUUUCGUCAGUCCUAGUCCUGUCCGUGUUGUAUCGUACAAUUGAAAGUAAUCUCUAAAUACUAUAUAGGAUAAUAGAGUCCUGCAUCUAACAGUCCUGAUUUUUUUCUUAAAUGUUCUUAUAUUUCUAGAUAUUUUUCCAUACUUUGAACGCAUAUAUUUAUAGGCAAAAGGGAUUGUUCUAUUUCCAGAAGUCACUUUCUCAACAAAUUUUACCUUGAGAAAUUUUAUAGGUUUAACUUUAAAAUAUGUCUGUUGAUAUAUUUUACUACAAAAUAAGUUACACUUUCCCCACAGCAUUUCUUACAUUUCUUGAUUUUAUCUUUGCAUAAUUUUUGUUAAUAAUACUGACCAUUGUGGUAAUUAUGCAUGCUUUUUUCAUGCGCGCAUGGUUUGCAGGAUAUAAUAGACAUAUAGUCACCUAAGCCUACAAUAAAGAUUUAGCAGAGUUGUCUUCAUUUCUUACAAAUAUUUCCCUGGAUCUAUUGUUUUCGGCUCAAUUGACUCUUUUCAGAAAGUGAUACUCCAACUAUUUUAUUUGAUGCAGUUUCCAUACACCUAUCUAAUGUAUGAAGUGUUGUUUUUUUUUAAAUUGUGUGCUUUUAGUCAUUUGCCUACAUUCUGUAACAUCUUUUAAUAUUAUAUUGUAUUAAUUUAGGUUAUAUAACUUUAGACUAUCCAAAAACAAAUCAAUACUUUAGGAAAAUGUAAGCUAAGUUAUCAAUAUGUCAAGCAUGUGUAAGUCGCAGAAAUUUUCAUAAUUUCGAAAUUCAUUCAUGUAAUUAUGUAAAUUUCAUCCUGUCUGGCGAAAAGUGCAUAUUUAUAAUAAUAUAGAGACAUGCACCGACGAAGGCAGCUAUUUGUAUUAUUAAGAGAAAAAAGCGUUC